UCCCUCACCCUCCCACAGGGAGAAGCGCUGGGUGACUGUGGGCGACACUUCCCUUCGAAUCUUCAAGUGGGUGCCAGUGGUGGACCCCCAGGAGGAGGAGCGCCGGAGGGCAGGUGUCGGGGCAGAGAGAUCCCGAGGCCGGGAGCGGCGGGGCAGGGGUGCCAGUCCCAGAGUGGGUGGCCCUCUCAUCCUGCUUGAUCUCAAUGAUGAUAACAGUAACCAGAGUUUCCAUUCAGAAAGUUCCCUGCAAAAGGGCACUGAGCCCAGCCCUGGAGGCACUCCCCAGCCCAGCUGCCCUGUAUCACCGGCUGGACCACCGGAAGGGGUCCCAGAGGAUGCUCAGCCCCCACAACUGGGCCAGGAGAGAGGUUCUGUCACCUCUCACCCACAUCCAGCUCCAGCCUCCUCAUGCAUCUCCUCUCCUCCAGUUGCCUCCACACAACCGCCAGAACUUCUUUUAAAGCACGGUUUUGACAGGGUCAUUUUUCUGCUUCAAAGACUUCAGUGGCUCCCUGUGGCCUGUGACUCCUCAGCAUGGCACUCUGGCCCUUUGUGAACUAUUCCCUGAAAC